AUGGACGAUCAUAUCACCGCUAGGCAAGAGGAGCAUCACCCUACGAAGUUGGCGUUCACUUCUGUCGCUGCACCAGCCCCAGAUGCAGGUGGCGCGUCAUCUUUAGUCCCUUGCGACCUGGACGACGACGCUGGGCAUGCGAAUGGACCACCUGCGACCAAGAAAGAAGUAUUUUCAUACUAUACCUACUACGCCGGCAACAACGGCAUAGGGUCCUUCCAAUACUCGAAUCUUCUCUUCCAGAAUUUGAUCUACCAGGCGGGCUUCAACCCCAAUGUUCUGCCAUUGGGCAGCUCUAACUGCGAUGUCGAUCCAAGCGCCCCAUGCCACGUCUUCUGGAAUGGUGGCACAAAGCCGUAUACGUCCGUCGUCUUGAUAGCUUCGGGUCUGACUUUCUUGUCUCAAGCCUUGGUCUUCAUUGGAGUCGGCAGUCUGGCAGAUUAUGGCAACUGGAACCCAUGGGUCGUUCGAGGUUUCUCGGUGUUGUGCUGGGCCUUUGAGUUCGGCUUUCUCGGCGUCAGAAGAGCUGAUCAAUGGCGAACGGCGAUGGCUCUGUACAUCUUAAGUGCAAUCACCUUCUGGGCUUCGUAUGUCUUCUUCAACGCCAUUUUUCCCAAGUUGUCCCACGACCUCCCCGAAGUCCGUACUGCCCAUGAAGAACGGCAAAAUGGUGCCAUCAGCGAAGAUGAGUAUCAACACAGAUGCUCCAUGGCACGUUCCAAGGUUAUGAAUAUGUCCUACGGUUUUAACAACGUCGGCUUCACAGCUUGUGGUGCCCUGUCGUUAGCCGCACUUGCAGGCAUCGGCGCAAACGACUCGACGGCCAAGAACAAUUGGGGCUAUUCUGUGUCAGUGGCGGUGUGCACAGGAUUCUGGAUCGUCCUCGCUAUUCCCUGGUUCCUGUGGGAGAAGAAACGCCCUGGACCACCGUUGCCUGCCGGAGACAACUACCUGACUUUUGGCUUCAAGCAGACGUGGUUUGCGGCCAAGCAGGUCUGGACUUUGAAACAGACUUUCUUCUACCUUAUUGCAUUCUUCUUGCUGGCGGAUGGCAUCGGAACCACAAUAACUCUGGUGGCGAUUGCACAGACCCAAGUCGUCAAUUUUUCUGCCACGCAGAACACCUAUCUCAUCAUGGUGCAAGGCGCGUCGUGUGUCUUUGGCGUUUUCGGAGCUUACUAUCUCCAACGACUGUUGGAUCUCCGGACAAAGACCAUGUUGCAGGCUACGAACAUCGGUUGUGUUCUUGUGGCGCUCUGGGGCAUGAUCGGUAUCUGGACGAGUAAGGUUGGCUACCACAAUCUCUGGGAGUUCUGGCUGUUCAAUGCGCAGUACGGCUUUACCAUGGGCGCCCAGUUUUCCUUGCUCGGCAUCGUGUCGAAGGGCUCUGCGUGGAUCGGCCCAAUUGUCGCAAGUGCGAUCGUCGACGCCAAUGGUAACGAGUGGACCCCGUUUCCGUUCGUUGCUGCACUGAUCUUAUUGCCGACUAUCGGCAUUUUCUUCAUUAGCGAGACGAAGAGUCGGAGAGAAUGCGCCGAAUAUCUCAGAAAGGAGGCAACAGGCCUGCGGAAGUUGGAAAAUAGUGACGCCCUCGAUAAGGCAGCCUAA